UUCUUUUUAUUAUCAUCAAAAACCCUUCCUCCGCUUCUCCUCCUCCAGCGCCAUGGUCGUGCUCAGUCUUCUGAGAGGGGCGUUGCCACCCCUAGGACGGCUCACUUGGCGGAGCCGAGCCUAUGGAUCAGCGGCUGCGGUUCAGCUCCACCAUGACUACGACUAUGAAGACGACGAAAGCGAAUUGAAUAGUAAUCGGAAUAGGUCGAUGGAAGACUCAGACGGAGCAGUGUUGGGGAGGGGAGUACAGUGGGUGAUAAUUGGGGACCCAAUGGCGAAGAGGCACUUGUACGCCGAGAGGCUCUCGAAGCUUCUAGAGGUUCCCCACAUUUCCAUGGCAGCCCUGGUUCGUCAAGAACUCCACCCUCACUCUUCACUCUACAAACAGAUUGCGAAUGCUGUGAACCAAGGGAAGCUUGUUCCAGAGGAUGUGAUUUAUGGUCUAUUGUCGAAGAGGCUGGAAGACGGAUACUGCAGCGGUGAAACUGGGUUCAUUUUGGAUGGGAUUCCUCGAACUAGGGCCCAAGCCGAGGUCCUUGACCAAAUUGUUGUCAUAGACCUAGUUGUGAAUCUCAAAUGCACAGAGGAUUUUUCGGUGAAAAAGCAUUUGGGAAGUGGAAUUUAUUCCCAUGCUCAAGAAUAUCUUAGCAUGGGCAGCUCUGGGCUAAAUUUAAUUCUACAGUCACGCGACGAUAAGAUGAAAUGUUCUAGUAUUGGAAUUGGUGUUCAGAAAGAGAAACUACAAAUUCAUGCAAAUCAGAUGAAGUCACUAGAAGACUAUUAUAGGAAACAGAAAAAGCUUCUUGAGUUUCCAGUUGUUGGUGCACCUGGAGAAACCUGGCGAGGUCUUUUGGCUGCCUUGCAUCUUCAGCAUCUGAGUGCUGUCACUUCUUCACCGAAGUUGACUUCAUGAUUUGGCUGCCCUUAUCCUCCGAUUACCUUAUCUUGAUUCUCAAUCCAGCAUCUGCUAGUAAAUACAAAGAAUUUAAGUGUAAAAAUGUUAGCUGCAGUUUUGCAUAUCAUUUUGAGUUGUGAUGAUUUUGGUUUUUUUUUUUCUUUUUCGUGAUAAACUUUGAUCUAUCUUUGUCUGUAUUCUUAUGACCCUUGAAUGAAUAUGAUUUCUUUCCUCGUG